CUUUACCAGCCUCAAUAAGCCAACCUGUAGCAAAGGCAGGCUCAAAAGUCAUCAGAACAGGCUCCUACUAGUGUUUCUGAUAGCUCUACUUCAACAGGAAACCUGGACUCAUUCAGAAUGGAUAACUAUUACAAAUGCUCUGAAGACUUGAAAGAACAAGCAAGUGAAAUAAAAUUAAAAUGCAGCGAAGCUGAUGUAGGUAUUAAAACUGAGCAGGCUGACUUUGAAAAAUAUCAGCUUUCAAUAACCUAUGAAAAUUCAGAUAUUGUGAACACAGCCAGCGUUUUUGAUGACAGUCAUGCUUACUUCAACUCAAGUGAAGUGACAAACACCAAGGAGAACUGUGAAAUAUUUGCAGUUCAGAGUCCUGCAUCAAGCAAUGCAGACAGUGUAAAAGCUGGAAACUGCGAGAGAGAUUUAGCACCAAGGACUGCCAUUAGAACUUAUCUAGAGGAAGUAGAUGUUUCAGGGGUGAUACCCGCUCAUAGUUGGUGUGCAGAUGUAGACAGGGUGAACGCUGUGCUUGAAAAUCAUGGUUUAGACUCAAGCUGCAAAAAUGAAGUAGUAGAAUCAUAUCAUAUGCUAGAAGAUAAAUCUGUAGCUAAAAUCAUUCCUCACUUUUCUGCUGGGAAAGCAGAAAACAGUGUUUAUCCAGUAGUCUUUGGAACAACUGAAAAAAUAGCAAUUUCAGAAGCAACUGAAACAAAAAUCAAUAAACCGGUACCUCUUGUUCAUAUUACACUAUCUGAACAUGAGCCACGUAGGGCACCACAGAUUGCCAAAUGUCCCACCAGAAAAAAGGAUGUCAUCCAUAGCAUGCCUCCUAAUAUGAGUCACAGCUUCAGCAUACUUGCUUACAAAGAAAAUGACAAUAAAAUAAAAACUAAUAGAAAUAGAUCUGCUUCAAAGACUAAAAUGAGUAGCGAAGUACCUCAAGAUUUCUCUGUUUCUGAUGAGCGUUCCACAAAAUGUAACACGUACAAUACCAACAUCAAGAACCAGAUUUUCCCUUCUAUAGGAGUGUCUCAUGUGGAAUCUGAGGCUUCCUCAAAGCUUCAGAAAAAAAGACCUCAGAUGAAGAAACACCAUGUUCGUCAGAGUGCUCAGAAAUCUAAAAAGCAAGCAUUUCCUUAUAUCUGCAAAAGUUCAAGCAGCUUAAAGAAACAUGUUACUCCACUUUCUGUUCCACGAACACAGUCUGCUUCAGAUUUCUUGAAUUUGAAAUAUAGUGACAUGUUCAAGGAAAUAAAUUCAAAUGACAAAGGCCCAGGGAUUUAUGAAAUGUUUGGGACUCCUGUAUAUUCCCAAGUGCGUGGACUUGGUCAACAUGAAAGCAGAUUUUACAGGGAAGUUUGUUCUGCUCCACCUGGGAGAUACGCAGCUAAUAAACGUAAAUCUACCUGCACUAUUGAGAGAGACAGCAGCAGAAUAAGAAGCACCCAGAAAAGAACACAUUCUAAACCCAAGAACACAAUUGGCAUUAAACAAAAGCACAAAGACUUAACACCAGAAGAGAGAAGUUCUGAGUUAAGAGAUAGCAACACGGAGCUGGAAGAUGAUGUAAUAAUUUCUGGUCCAGAUUGGCACAUAAAAACUUCAAGGAGCAAGCCAUUGUUUAACGAAGAUGAAGGUCAGCAGUUUCUGGUUUUGAAAGAGUUUUCACAAUUCACUAAACAAAAUGAAAUCAUUCCAAAUUCAAACUUGUCAACUAUUAAAGAAGUCCCUUUGGAGCAGUCUUCAGAUAAUAGAGAUGUAGUUAAUCAGAUACUUGCAACCAAUGUCCACAAUCUUCGGCAGGUUGAUGAUAAACAUCAUGCAGAAUGUGUUGCUUUAAUGAGCAGUUUACUAAAGACAGAUCAGAAUAACAAGUGUGUAGUCCAAGGAAGAGUGGAUAUGGAUGACUCCAUGAAUCUGGAAGCAAACCAGACCUUCUGCAAAUCUAUAGAUAAAUAUGAAGCACUGUUUGCAUUGUCUUUUCCAGACACAGCAGACUGUGUAUCUUCUCAAAGAAAACUAGAUCAGAGUUGGACACACAUGUCUGAAAAUUGUAAUUCAGAAAAUGCAUCAACUCAGCAUCCAACAAACCAGACUUUAAAUGCUGCAAGCCCAGUUUUCCAGACUUAUCAAAACAUUCUGGACUAUGCAGAUAAUGAAGAACUGACUGAUGAGUUGCUUUGUUGCCUGGCGGCAGAGCUGCUAGCACUUGAUGAAAAAGAUACUGCCUCUUCCAGAAUACCUACAAAGAAUACAGGUUCUAAAACACAAAAUGUAUUUGCUAAAGAAGAGAGAGGCAGUGUGAAUGUAGAUGGCAAAGUAGUAGCAAGUGCAGAGGAACAGCAGAGUUACAGUAAUGCGUUCCUGGCACCAAAGAGGGAAAGUGACUUGUUGAACUUCAAUGAAUCUACAGCAUUUCCAGAAAGCAGUCUAGGUAAUAAGGCUCCUAUCACAUGGACUAGAGGUGAAAUCCUUGGAAAGGGAGCCUAUGGCACUGUGUACUGUGGUCUGACAAGCCAGGGACAAUUAAUAGCAGUGAAACAAGUUGCUUUGGAUACCUCAGAUAAAGUCACUACAGAAAAGGAGUAUCAGAAGUUGCAAGAAGAAGUUGACCUGUUGAAAACACUAAAGCAUAUCAACAUUGUAACCUAUUUAGGAACAUGUUUAAAAGAUAACAUUGUAAGCAUUUUCAUGGAGUUUGUUCCUGGUGGCUCAAUUUCCAGUAUUAUUAAUCGUUUUGGGCCAUUGCCAGAAAUUGUCUUUUGUAAAUAUACAAAACAAAUUCUACAAGGGGUUGCAUAUUUACAUAAAAACUGUGUGGUACACAGAGAUAUCAAAGGCAAUAAUGUUAUGCUUAUGCCAAAUGGUGUAAUAAAGCUGAUUGACUUUGGAUGUGCAAAGCGUUUAGCAUGGGUAAGCCUGAGUGGCACACACAGUGAAAUGCUCAAGUCUGUGCAUGGGACUCCAUAUUGGAUGGCACCAGAAGUAAUAAAUGAAUCUGGCUAUGGAAGAAAAUCAGACAUCUGGAGCAUUGGAUGCACUGUAUUUGAGAUGGCAAUGGGUAAACCACCUCUGGCUUCCAUGGAUAGGCUAGCAGCUAUGUUUUACAUUGGAGCCCAUAGAGGACUGAUGCCUUCUUUACCUGACCAUUUCUCAGGAAAAGCAGCGGACUUUGUCCAUGUGUGCUUAACCAGAAAUCAACAUGAGCGUCCGUCUGCUCUACAACUGCUGCAGCAUCCCUUCAUGAAGGGAAGACAAUGAACUUUUCAAAACUUCUGCCAAACUAAUGUAUAUUUUCAACUCAUAUCUAUUUCUACCACUACAAAAGGUUAAUUUGCAUUUGAUUUGAAAAUGGGAGUGUAGUAACUUACUAAAACUCAAUCAGCCAAACAUUGGAAAGCGCCUAUGAGACUGCAAUAUAAUUACACUAGUUUGAUUUGUGAUAUGAAAUGCUUAUCAGGGUAGGGGAAUGCAGUUGCCAUUUAUCCAGUAAUUUUUUUUUCCUGCAAAGAUUAAGUUUUUAAGAGUUUACAUUUUGAAGAAAAGCAAAAGCCAUGCAGUUUUGUUUUCAAAUUGAAAAGGCUUUAAAAAAAAGCUAUUUUAUAGUACUUAAAAAAAAAAGUCGAUGAACUUGGGAAUCCCAUUUUUUCUGUAAAUACAGAAGUGGUAAAAUAUCUAAUAUUAGCAGAAAGCAUCCAAGACAGUCCUGAACGCUAUUCAGGUGGUCUGGAGCUGUACCUUCCCAAACAUAAUUUGCCAGUUGAUUAAUUAAAUAUGGUUGUGGAAAUCACUUGGAGAAUCAGCACUUACUUUAUAUACAGGUCAGCAUAGAACAUGGUUACAAGUACAAAGUAAGUUUUCAGAAGAGAGAUCCCUUUAAUUUCUCUUGGAUACAGAACAGCAAGUUCCAGCACACAGACAUCAUCUGGUAGUCUUACCUCUUACUCCUAGUGGUUUAUCAAAAGUUAAUUGGCAGGAGUUAUCUGCUCUAUAUACAUACUGGUCUGUAAAACUUCUGUAAUUAACAUUUCCUGUUUUCUCUGGGAAUAUGAAUGCUAUGAUAAUUUGAGAAGUUUCUUCCU